GUCUGAUUUUGAUGAUGGGUUUUUCCUUUUGUUUAAGUUUUUGUAGAAAAUAAUAUCUAAGUUGAUCAAAUUUUGUGUUUGAAGAUUGGAUCUUGGUGCACCUUUAAUUUUAUAGGUUAUUCAAACGUACAAGUUUCAAUUUGAUAUCUAACUCUAAGAUGUUUGGUGUAAUUCUGAUAAACAUAUAACAUUUAACUGUUAGGGCUUUACCGUUGUUCAGUACUAAUGCUUUCUCAUAACACAUCCAUUUUCUCAGUUAGUAGGAUAUAUAGAACAUAGCAAGUUUGGUGGUUGAAAGGUAAAUGUUUCUAAAGUUGCAAAAGCUAUCUGCUAACCGAACAGCAAGGACCAAAAAUUUUCUUUAGAUUUAUGAUGCUUUUGCAAAUAAUAUAGUUGGGUAUAAUCAUCUGGUUUUUCUUUGUGUGAUGAGGAAUUGUUCGGAUUACUUACAACAGCAAUUUGAAUCAUGCAGCAACCAGGACUGAGCAAGAAUUGAGAUUCCAGCUUCCUUGCUCUAGUUAAAGUUCUUCAGUGGAAGAGAGUGUUUGCUGUCUAAAGAGGGAGUUUGUGAGGAAAGGAAACUUAUGGCUGAUGGACAGAAGCAUAUUUGUUGUGCAGAGGGGAAGCAGAUGCAAUAUAGACCAUGGUCUCAUCUUCCUGUUGAUAUCCUAAAUUUGAUCAUCAGACGACUUCCUAAGAUUAUUGAUCAAAUUUACUUUAGGUUUGUCUGCAAAAAUUGGCAUUUGGCUAAAGUUCCUCAAUAUGAAGGGAAUGUUCCAUGGCUACUUGGCCUCCAAUGGGAUUUUGAUAUAAAUAAUGGAGGUGCCAUGACUCAGCUGAGUUCAUUCCAUAUUCCAUCUCCUAAUAACCAAUUUCACAUCACAAAGAGCAUAGUGAAGAAAGAGGAAGAAUUUUUUGGUGCUGGAAUUUGUGCUUCCAAGUAUGGUUGGUUGCUGUUACAGAAAAGUAAUAAAUCAUUCUUCUAUAGUCCUUUCUCUAGAAAAGCAAUUAAACUUCCCAAUAUGGAGAUUAACUUCAACAGGGCUACAUUUUCCUCAAGUCCAACUUCUCCAGAUUGCAUUUGUUUUGUAAUCGAAAGUUCAAAAAGCAUUGCCAAAAUUCGGAUUAGUAUUUGUUCCCCUGGUGGUCUAGAAUGGCGCACCAUUGCUGUGGAUGGUUUUAAGAGGGCAGUUGAGGAUGUGGUUUAUAGUAAUGGAUGUUUUUAUUGCGUCUUUAGUGGUGGGGUACUUGGGGCAUUUUAUGUUGCAGGUCGUGAUUGGAGGGUGCUUACAGAUAUGGAGCCAAUUAUCGGAAUUCAGUUUUGGGCCAGAUCACAAUUGGUUGAAUCUAAUGGGGAGCUUUUGCUGGUUUGCCGAUCCACAAACUUCCAUGUUUUCAGGUUUGAUUGGUCUGAGAUGGGUUGGAUAGAGAUACACAAGCUAGGAAACCAAGCAUUGUUUCUUGGUUGUACCUCGUUUGCUAUAGCAGCCGAGUGGAAAACAUCAGCUUUGGCAGACAGGAUCUACUAUCAUGGCGAAUGUCACCGUUCUUAUUUUUAUUAUUUGCCUACGAACAAAAAAUAUGCUUGUGAGGAUUUUUAUCCUUGGGUUGUGCACGAUGCCAUGGAAAGAGUUUGGAUUGAACCGCCCUCAUUUUAGUUCUUAUGAAUUCAGGUAAGUGAUUUUCUGUCAUCUGUUUGUUAGAUGCCAGGUCAAUACAACAGGUUUAGCAACUUCAGCUGUUUUACUUCAACCUUAUUAAUGCCACCUAGGAGUUUGCCAUUUUAUGCAGUUUUAGAUUUACUGUGAACUCUUCUAUGUAUCGACAAGCUGUUGCAUUUGGAUUAGAACUAUACUGAUUAGUUUCAGUCAUCCAUCUCUGUCUCUUUCAAAUUUUCUUGAAUAAUUUUUUUUAUUAGAACUUAACCAUAUGGGCAUCCUUUGUGAUCCAGCUUACUAGGUUUAGCUUAUUUUAUUUCACUGUUAGCAGAGUACAUAUCAAUUUCUUGAUUUCUUGUUUUCAAAAUAUUGGGAUUAGAACUCAGCUCUAUUUUGAGAUUAGUUCAUUUUGUUUAAACUUUACAAACGAGUUCAAACUUGAAUUUUCAAAAUUUUUAGUAAAUAAGCCAAGCUCGAACAUACGAGUAACAUAACUUGGAUUGUUUGAAAUCCAUUCGCCUUUUAAGGUUUUGUCUUUCUUUUCUUACCUCCCCAUAAUUGUAAAUGAUCAAGA